AUGUUUCCGGUCGAAAGCCUCCCAGCUGCAUACCUCGAAGAGCGUUCCGCGGCAGACCAAGAGCGCUUCGCCAAACUGCAACAAGAAGCCAUGCAACGAGCACAAGACCAACAGAAAAGAGUGCAACACACGCAGUCGCAGCAACAGCAACAACAACAGCAACAACAACAACAACAGCGCAUCCCCACCCCGCACAAUAUCACCCAACAACUCCUCCAACGCCCACCACUCUCCCGCCCAAACUCUUCCGGCGUACUAGGAAGUAUCUUCCAAGGAUUCGUGAAAGCUGCGUCAGCAUCGCCUAGCCCGUGUCAGUCGACAUGCACUACACCGACUCCCGGACAGGCCAAGCAAAUCACGACGGCCGAGUUGGAUAGGAUUGUCGCCGAGCAGAAGCGCGAUGCGGAUAUUUGCGCCAUGCCCGUGUGGUAG